AUGCCUCCUGCCAAUAUGAAAAAGACUAUAUCAGCAGUUGCUACUGCUGCACCUACAAAAGGGAAAAAGAAUUCAAAGAAAGAAGAAGCGAACGAUGAUUUGGAGGAAUGGAAAAAAGCAAAACAACUCCUGAAACCAAAAGAUCAGCUGGAAUUAACAGACGCGGAGCUUAAAGAAAUCAUUCCAAAACAAUUAGUUUCCACUAAUCCUCAAUUACCAGAAGGUUUAGUAGAAUGGAGUUAUCUACAAGAGACUUUCAUACAAUUACCAUCUCCUGGAAAUAUUGUAAAAGUUUAUUCUCUAGAAGGUACGCUUCUCCACAUGGAUACCGAAGAAGCCCAUCAGCAAAUGAUAGAAAUGGGCAUAGACCCCAGCGAGUUUUAUUCGUCAGAAAUAACCUUAAUACCAGAAGUGAUAGAAGAAGAACAACAAGAACCGACACCGGAUGGCUCAAGUGUUGCCGAAGAAGGUAUGAAAGAAGAAGAUGCGGAAUCGCGAAUUACUACCAAAGAAGAAGAAGACGAAGAUGGAAAACCAGCGGGACCCGAGAAACAUGAAGAACACGACGAACCAGAUGAAGAUGACGCCGAAUCGCGUAUUGUGAAAAUAGCGCCACCAAAAGCUGGAGGAAAACCGAGAAAACUAACUAACCAAUUCAAUUUUUGCGAAAGGGCCGCUCUCACGUAUAACAAUCCUACCAGAUCUCAAGAAACGCAAACAACGCCUCCUCCUAUGGCUACAUUCGCAGCCAACGUUCUCCAAUGGAUUAUAUACGAUGCUUACCAAGCAGAUUUCGAAAUACAGGAACAAGAAAGAGAUAGAGAACGUAGAGAAAAAAUGGGUUUACCGCAAAAAGUGAUAGUGAAAAAAACUCCACAACAACUCACAGACGAAAUGCAAGGAAGACUACGCGAGGCGACUAGGGUUCUAGAAAGAAUGAUCAACCAGAAUACAUACAACGAAAUGGCCAAAGAUUACAAAUAUUGGGAAGAUCCUUCGGAUGAAUACAGAGACGAAGAAGGAACUUUGUUACCUUUAUGGAAAUUUACUUAUAAUAAAACAAAUAAACAUACGGUCACCGACCUGGAAUGGAAUCCUUAUUAUUACGAUUUGUUCGCUGUUUGUUUUGGAUUUUUGGAUUACACGAAACCUAUACAAGAUGGUUGUCUUUGUCUGUUCACGAUCAAAAACCCAUCGUACCCGGAUUAUAUUUGUAUGACCGAAUCGGCGGUAAUGUGUGUGGAUAUCCAUUCGAAAUAUCCAUACAUGACUGUUAUUGGUCUAUACAACGGUUCGGUGCAGGUGUUCAACGUACAAGUAACUUGUAAGGAACCAGUCUACAAGAGCAACAGCGUUACUAACAAACACAGAGGUAUAGUUUGGGAGGUAAAAUGGGCACCGGAUCUACCAGAUGGUGAACUGAAUUUUUUUUCUGUAGCUGCUGAUGGCAAAAUUAACAACUGGGUACUUAUGCAAAACGAGUUAUCUGUAACAACAAUAACAACAUUGUUUUUAGACCAAGCUCCCGUACCUGGUCCGGACGGUACAAUGCUGAAAGUAAAAGCAUGUGCCAGUUGCGUUAAAAUCCAUCCGAACAAACCCCAGAUCUACCUAGUCGGAACCGAAGAAGGUCUCAUUUUUAAAUGUAGCGUAGCUUACAGUUCUAUGUAUCUUCUUACUUAUAAGGCCCAUCAAUUACCGGUUUAUAGAAUCGAUUUCAACAGAUAUAAUACUGACAUCUUCAUAUCUUGCAGUUCCGAUUGGAGGGUUAAAAUUUGGGAGGAUAAUCGCCUGGAACCUCUAUUCGUUUUCGACGUGGGUGAUAGAGUGGGAGACGUAAAAUGGGCGCCGUAUUCUUCGACAGUUUUUGCUUGCGUAACAUCAGAAGGAAAAGUAUGCGUAUACGAUCUCAACGUAAACAAAUAUAAACCUAUAUGUGUACAAGCGAUCGUAUCAAAAAAGAAAAACAAAAUUACGAGACUUUCUUUCAAUUACAAAUCUCCUAUCAUCAUAGUAGGAGACGACAAAGGUUGCGUAACCACUCUAAAACUAUCUCCAAAUUUGAGAAUACCAUGCAAGGCUCCAAAAAAAAUGCAACAUUUAGAUCAAUGGACUUUACAGUGUAUGAAACUCGACAGAUUAUUAGCAUUAGUACGAGAACCAAUUUCGCUCACUAUACCCCCAGACACAGCUGGAUCAGAAGAUCAAUUAUAG